AUGGCACAUGCAUUUGAUAAUCGAAAUUUUAUUCCGGGUAAACAACAAACAUUCUAUUCUGUUGUUUCACCAACAUCACGUCCUGAUAUAACAAAUGUUCUUUGGGAAACUUCAUCAUCACCUAGAAUUCAAUCAUCAUCAUCAUCAUCACCACCACAAUCUUCACCAAAACCAAAUCAUCCUCCACCAUCAUAUGAAGAAAGUAUUUUUAAUAAAGCUUUAGCUAAUCGUCAAAAUUCUCGAUCAUCAUUACAUUCACCAUCAGUUCAUUAUUAUUCAAAUCAUCAACAACAAAAUAGUCCAAAUCGAACAAUAACACCAUUUAUAUCGUAUUCAUCACCAUCAACACCAAAUGAUUCUAUUCAUUAUCAAAGACAACAACAAUCAACAAAAGGUAGGAAAAAAAUUGUAUCAAUGAUUCAUUUAUAUAUAAUAUAUUAUUCAGAAGGAUAUUAUUCAUUUGUAUCACCACAUCGAAGUUCUGAUACAAAACCUCCACCACCUGCUCGUAUGCCUAAAGUAUCAUCAACAAUAAAUAAUAAUUCUCUUCAUCAAACAAAUAUUUUACCUCAAUUUUCACCAAGUGGAAUGAAAACAAGUACAACAUAUCUUAAUACAACACAACUUUAUAUAACUCAAUCAUCAUCUCGUGAUCCACCACCACCACCGCCACCACGUUAUCCACUUCAACCACCAGCUAUUCCACCACGAGGUUCACCUAUAUGUAAUCAAUCGAAUUCAGUAGUUAUUCCUGAUUUUAAUUCAUCAGCAUCACCAAAACCUACAAAUCAAAUGAUUUAUCGAUCACCUGUUAUAUCAUCAACAGCGAGACGAAAUGAUAUUAUUGAUUCUCAUACAUUUGAACAUCAAUUUAAUUCAUUAUCCAUUAAUAAUAAUCAUAAACAUGAAACAAUUAAUAGAUCGAUCAUAAAAGAAUAUUCAAUAUGUCAGUGUCGAAAAUGUGGUGAAAUAAUAUCAAAUUCAGAUGAUGCUUGUGAUAUACUUGGUCAGAUCUAUCAUAGUUCAUGUGCUGUCUGUGUUUUAUGUGGACGAUCAGUAAAAAAUAAACAUUUUUUUGUUAAAGAUCAAUUAUAUUGUGAAGAAGAUUUUUUGUAUACAGGUUUUCAUCAAACACUUGAACAUUGUAUAGCUUGUGGUCAUUUAAUUACCGAUACAAUUUUACAAGCACUUGGUCAUUCAUAUCAUUUAACAUGUUUCAAAUGUUCAAAAUGUUCAAUUUGUUUAGAUGGUAUACCAUUUAUAACAGAUAAAAAUCAAAAUCUUUUUUGUUUACAUGAUUAUCAUAUGACUUAUGGACCGCGAUGUGAUAAAUGUUCGAAUCCAAUUUGUCCAGAAGAUGGUUCCAAUGAAACUGUACGAAUUAUUUCCAUGGGUAAAACAUUUCAUGUUCAAUGUUAUCAAUGUCAAGAUUGUUCAUUACAAUUGAAUGAUGAACCAGAUCGUCGUUGUUAUCCAUUAGGUGAUAUAUUACUUUGUCAAGCAUGUUGUCGUCGACGUCUUACAUCUGUUAAUAACAAUUUAUAA